CCGAGCACUUGAAGCCGUUCUUUCUCCUAAUGGAUCCUGAUUUGUGACAUGUAAAUCUGGGAAGUUGGAAGUGAUGGUGGUGCGCAGGUUUUUCCAAUGCAAAGACGCUUCAGGCAAUCAUGAACCUUGGAAAUAUAUAUGACAUCAGAAGUGAUGAUUCAACUCAGAAUGAAGGCAGUUCACGGUCACCAGAGGCAGGAGUAACACCACCAUGGCCGAGUGAAACAGUGUCUUCAUUGCAAGCCUCAUCUAAAAUAUAUGUGUGCAAGCUAAUAAAAAUAUUAGCUGUUGUGAGCACCAUGGGAAUUCUGAGUGGACUAGCAGUGGGAGUCUGGCUUUUAGUGGUUAAAUUCUUUAUAAAACCGAUGGCCUCUCAGGGCUCAGUAGAAUUUGGAGACACCAAGGAAACCUCAUUCUGCAACAUUACAGAUGACAUUCCUGUGACUGACCACAAAAAAGUUUUUUACAGAAUAAGCUCAGAGAACUCUUUACUUGAAAUACAACUGGAAAAAUUGCAAUCCUGGCUUCCAGUAUGCUAUGAAAGAUGGAAUGCGAGUCUUGGAAACUCAAUUUGCCGACAUCUUGGAUACUUAAGGCUCACAAAACACAAAGGAGUAAAUCUUACAGACAUUGGGCCCAAUUAUACGGAUGGAUUUGUUCAAAUUAAUGCAGAUGCCAAGAAUGAUCUACAGAAUAUUUGGCAGUUCAGGGGAAGUUGUGUUACAGGCAAAGUUAUUGCACUGAAGUGUUUCGAUUGUGGCACACGAGCAAAACUACCGAGAAUAAUUGGAACUGAGGCAAAUUUGGGAAGAUGGCCAUGGCAAGUGAGUCUUUAUCAAAGCUCAAAACACAUUUGCGGAGGCUCUAUAAUAACUAACCAAUGGAUAGUGACUGCUGCACACUGUGUACACAAUUAUAGGUUACCUCAGGUUUCCAGUUGGAUUGUUUAUGCCGGAAUAGUGACUCAAAGUUCAGUAAAACUGGAGGAAAACUCUGGCUAUUCUGUUGAGAAGAUAAUUUACAAUGAAAAGUACCACCACCGAAGUCAUGAUAAUGACAUUGCAUUAAUGAAGUUAAAACUGCCUCUGAACUUUACUGAUACGGUUAGGCCAGUCUGCCUCCCACAGUAUGAGGAAGAAUUUGCAGGUGGCACUCGCUGUUGGAUAUCUGGAUGGGGCCACACAAGGCCAGAUGAUGCACACAUUCCUGAUAUGUUAAAGGAAGCAAGUGUUCCUUUGAUCAGCACAAAGAAAUGCAACAGCUCCUGUAUGUAUAAUGGGGAAAUCACUCCCAGAAUGCUGUGUGCUGGCUACCCUGAAGGCAAUAUAGAUGCGUGUCAGGGUGACAGCGGAGGGCCUCUGGUGUGCCAAGAUGAAAACGUCUGGCGUUUGAUUGGGGUGGUCAGCUGGGGUACAGGAUGUGCUGAGCCCAAUCACCCAGGAGUCUAUGCCAAAGUAUCAGAGUUUCUAGACUGGAUUUAUGAAAUAAUUGAGAGCUAUUAAUCUGCUCUACAAACCAAAAAUGGAAAAGGCAGGUGCAGAACAUGGAUGGUUGUAUUAUUAGUGUCCCGAAGAAAAAAGAAACCAACAUUAUCAAAAAUGGAAUUAAACUUUGCUAAAUGACACUAAAGUGUUUGCUGUGGUAGACAAUUUAAACUCAUUGAAAAGUAAUUUUUACCUCUCUUGCUUAUUCCUUAGCCCUCUAGAGGCUGGUGAUCAAUGAAAUGAACUGAAUAGGAAAGUAUGUGUUUAAAUUUGCAUACUGCUUUUUCUGACUUAAUUGUUCAUCUUCCAAAGUAAUAUAUUUCUAUACUGAGUGGCAGACAGGAGGAGUCCCAGAAGCAUCAGGUACAAGGCAGGAGCCAUCACUAAAAAAGACUCACAGGAUGCUGUCAUCACUAA